AUGUGGUUUUCUGACUUGGUCUCGAGUACGAUAAAUCUCCUGAAGAGUGCAGAUUUGCAGAAAGGGAGCCCUUCAACUCUUUUAAUAAUUGAUCUCUUGGAAUUUCUAUGCAUGGGAAACUUGUUUCCCCUUAUACGAAUGUCUCCUAUUCAAUUUAAGGGAAUUCUUCAGCUGGUUCUUGAAACAAACUCUUCUGUACUACAGCUGCGAAUUAUUCAUCUAUUGACUAAGUGGUCACGAAAAAUGGAUCCUCUUGAGCCAGAUGAAUGUCUUGCAUGGCCGAGGUAUAAUGACUCGCACUUGUUAGAUCACCCCGAAACUACUGAAAAUCUGUCAAUGGUGAGAAUGUUUGGGUUUGCUCGGUCGUGUAUUAGUCUUUCCCACUGGCAACAGGGUUCGAACCAAGCUUAUCCCCCUUCUGUACUAUCAAAAAUCUGGCCCAAUGGCGACUUUGGUCUGUCUGAAGAUUCUAUACAAUUCCCAGGUUCAACGUCGACAUAUAGCAGAGACUCGGGUGGAGUGACGAUAUCGCUGUGGCAUAAGAUGAUGCCGACUGUACAAAAUGAAGAGUUUACUAACUCCGAUAAACUAUCAAACUCGACCCUGUUUAGCCUCGCUUCCCGUAGCGAAUUAUUGCAUCUGUUCACAUUGGAGGAGUCCACCAAAUCCGAAUCUUCAUCAAUAUCACCGAGUACCCUUCAGUCAAUUGAGGUCUGGGUGGUCCCAUUGGCUAAAGGUAUUUACACUCGCAUAUACAAAGAAUACGACAGUUUCAUUAGUUCUGCGGAAACGCUCGUCCCUAACGUCUUGACUUCUUCCAAUUGGAGUCAUCUACUCAUCAAUAUCACUCUUUCUAAACGAAGUGGAAAAAUUUCUAUUGUAGAGAACGCUUCAACGUACAACGAAAAAACAUUCCAUUUGGAAUCAACUAGGAGGCGAAUGAGGCACUUUCAUAAAUUUCAUCCUGAAUUGCACUCUUUAAAUCUGUGGAUUGGACAUAAUUCUGUGGUGCAUGAUGAGGUGCAUAACAGGCUCCAAACACCGACUCUCUACACCAGUGGACUUCACGUUUUUAUUGGUGCCGUUCUCUCAAAGCUAUCCAUCUUACAAAUUGGGAAUGAAGCAUGUAAUCAAAUGAAGGAAUUGGCUCUCUAUCUCGUGCUCUGCGGUCCCAACUAUUCACGGGAUAGUUGGACAGGUUUACUAGCUAGAGGUCGGUGUUAUCUCAACGCCCUCUUGGAACGCUUAGAUCUGAAGGAUAUUGCAGAUGUUUUUACUCGGUGUCAGCGUAUUCUAACUUCGGAUGGUGAAAAUCAAUGUGUCCGUACAUUAAAAAUGCUGACAAAGUACCAUUUACUGGUACGCGCAGAUCUUUCAAACGUGGACAGUGCCAUUUGGACGGUUCGAAUCUCACCAUUGCGUCGUAGUGCCUUUAAUGAAAGUUCGCAGUUAAAAUCCGGUGAUUUGGGAGUUCAUUCAGGCUCCUUUGAAAUCGUAUCAAAGUUUAGACGAUUUGACUCCCUCUCAGGUCGUGACAUUGACGGUGACAAUGAGCUUAUUAAUUUGGUGACAAAGUACAGCAUUGAAUCAACGAUAGCACCUCUUGGAGGAAUUGAUUCAGCUCUAUUUUUGGCUGGUGUUAUUGCCUCUUCUGAUAAACCUGAUAGCGACGUCAUUGAAGCCGCUUUGGAUUUCAUUCUUACGCUUAGGAGGCAGUCAGCCAUUUUAGCUGAGUACUUCUUUCGUCCUCUAUUGGAAGAAUCAACACCACUGAGCUCUAAUGAAGCAUUUAAUCGGUUACACAUAACAUCCUACGGUCUAUGUCUUCUGAGCACUCUCUUCAACCAAAUCAAUGUUAAGCACAUUAAUUCAUCUCUCCACGAGGUAGUCGAAAGACAUGUCUUCUUGAAAAUUGCUACCGCCGAUGAUGGUGGUGAUGCCCAUUUGCUUGUAGAUCCAGAGCUGCUUGCUUGUCAUCUGUCAUUUUCUUCAAUACGGAGUCUGCAUCAGACGCUAAUAGUGCUGACUGAGUGUAUGAAAAGAGGUGGUAGCUGUGAGGAAAUAGUAAAUCAAAUAUCGAUUUGCAAUAUGAAUAUAAUUGAUCAGUACCAGAUCAUUGAAAUCUCGGUCAUUGCAUUCCGGAUUUGUUCUUCUUGUUUUACAAUCGACGAUAUUUCUGAACAAGAUUAUACGGAUACACUUGAGACGGUUGCUCAACUUGUUUCGAGGCGUUUAUUAUUUUUAUCACUACCGCCUCCAAUUAGUCUGUUAAACUUUCUACUGCGGAUGGUGGUUUCAGUUGAUCCAGAUCUUUAUCACAACGCAGUUACUCGAGUCUUUGACUACGUUGGCCAAAAUUCCAGUUCUACUUCUACGCAUUCUACUCUUAACCUUGUGGAGUUAGCCAAUAAACAUCAUCAGAAUCUACAUUGGAUGGUAUCGUCACCCCAAGCAAAUUUCACGAGUAAAGUUGCAGAGAAGCUGGAAGGAUUUGUAGAGGAACCUAAAGUAGAAGCACAUUCACCUUUCACAGAACCCAAGUCAAUACCCUUGAUCCCUCUACAACCCGCUUUGACCUUGGAGGGAGCCAGUGUGGUUGAGGCUGAGACGCUGGCAAAAUUCAGAGAACAAUUAAUGUCUGAUGAGAAUGGUGUUAUAAAUAACUGCUCUAACUCCUCUAUAAUGUUCAGUUCCUGCUAUAAUCUUCCCGAAUUCGAAGAUCUUGGUUUGUUGAGAAACAAAUCUGUUGAGAAGAGUCCCUAUUCGAAAUGGCGAUCGCGCAGUCUUCCGGAUAUCUCAAGUUCGAUGGUGAAUGAUGCUUACCUUUCAGAAGAUUCUGUGGCAACAAAUCGCUUAGCCUCACCCGAAGCCACUAAAACCCCUUCAGAAUGUGCUAUUUAUUCCCGAACUUCCAGUAUUGAUCCGCAAAGUAUCUCGCCGCUUCGACUGGUUCAGAGGCAUCAGUUAGCUGCUGUGAUACUCUCCAGCCUGUCAGAAUUUUGGCAAAAACAAAUAGACAGGAGCGUCCUUGACAUGAACUCGAUCUCAUAUCCUCUUCUUCCUCCCUUCUGGUUUGUCUAUCAUCUAGCUGGCCAACCUUGUACCAAGUUUCGUGAAUAUGCAUUGACACUGUACAACAAGAUGAUGAUGAGCCGAUUAUUUCAAGGCAGGGAAAAUGCAGAUGGUAAUAGUCGUAUGCUGGCGAUGCAGUUUCUCUCCGCUUCUUCAAGUUUAGUCUCCGAGUCUACCCAUCACCUCGAUUCUCUACACUGCUCCACUUCGACCUUCGCACAUGCUUCGUUGACUUCGCCAGAAUUGGUUAUCGCAGCUUCCAAAUUACUCGAUGAUCAGGUGGCUACACCCGACAAGUUCUCCGCAUCUACCUCCAUCAUUAUGGCGAUAUUUGCAUCAGCAUUGGUGGAUAUCGUCACAUUCUUUAAGCUAAGGAGGGAGGCAUUAUCUGAGGGGAAAAUCAGCAUGAAUUUGAAUUGUCGUUGGAAAAACUUUCAUGACGGUUUCACGAGUUUCAUUAACAACGCUAAGGCCCAUACCCUUGUUCUUGUGUCCCUUCACAAUUCUUUCACUUUGCAAAUACUUCUUAAAAUUGUGUAUUACCUGCAAACAUCUUGCUCUGAAAGUGAGGGAGAUAAUCUUUGGGCUGGAAGAUUUCACGAAAUUGGGCAUCUGGUUUCUCGUCUUUUCAGCUCUGCCAUCUCCAAAGUCAAAGUUCGAGUCCCUUUUCAGACCAUUCAGACAUUUAUUUACAGUUUGUUGUCUAUCGGUGAUAAUGCCGCUCUCAAUCAACCCUGUGUUAUACGAGAGGUUCUCCUUCGCAUUCUAUUCACGUUACUGGAUCAAGUUAUUCGAGAGAUCACUAAUCAGAAAAACUGUAACGUUCUCUUCCUUCAGCUUCAGUGGACGGUGGAAACUCUUGAAAAGGCUCUUCUUUACAAAGGUUUAAAAUAUUGUUCAUCGCUUCCACUUAAUCCUCUGACUACCGAUGACCAGAACUUCACAUGCUCACAAUUUCAAACCGUUCAGGGUUUGGAACAGACUUUAAUCACCCUCUUAAUUAGCUCGACUUCCCAUGCUAUGCAUAACUUACAAGGGGAUAUUUGGACGGUUUUGUCAAGCAGUCUUCUUCGAAUUGCGUGGACAUGGUGUGAUGCUCUCUUUGAAACACUCACAAUUUCUAAACCGGGCCUUCGACUGAUGCAAUUCCUUGCUAACGAACCACAGAUUAUCAGCCAAGAGACAAUAAACGCUAAUAUGAAUAUGGUAAUUGGACUGAAGGACAACCUCGAAAUGUUGGUGGCUGUUUUUUCUGUUGGGCCUCAAAGUAAUAGUGGAAAUGAAGAUUUUGGGAUGGGAGACUAUCACAGAAAGCUUUCAGAUUCUUUGUCCGAUCUCUUUGAAUGGAUCACAGGUGUGUGUUCAAAGGUUGCGCCCUCUGCAAGAGUGACGUCUCCAUGGCAUCCAUCCGAUCAAUUUUCGGCUUGUACUUCAACAUUUCCCUCUCUCAAUUCGGCUAUUUUCGAUUGUGAUUGGCUAACACCCCUACGAGAAAUGAAUGACGCUGGUCAACGCAUUUGGUCGACACUAAUCUCCCAACAUCAAUAUAUUAUAGACGUUUUGGCUCCAUUUUACUGGAUGCAACUUGGAGGUAACCUUAGUCACGAAAGUUCUGUAUUCUCAUCCGUCGCUCCGAAAUCAUCAUUCUCAUUCAUUGACACAUUUGAAAAUGACUCCAGACAGCGAUGUAGAAGGCGCCCAGUAAUUGCUUGGGUUGAUGAUCGGUUUUUGCGGAACACAUCUAUCCGAUCUCUGGGUCAAUAUCAGAAAAUGCAUCCAUUAAGUCCUCUCAUGAUGCAGCACCAAACUUACACUCCCAGUAGAGGAUUGGCCAGAAGUCGUUGUAUUCAGAUACCCCAUGUACUCUUUCCACCCUCCAACCAGGGCCUCUUUUGCCCUCCGCCUACUCCUCAUGACGAUAGGUGCAUUGGUGUCUGGCCAUGCUACCUCAUUGAAAUGGCUGAUUCUAUUCCUCUGGAAGGUGAUCUUAGCCUGGAUGCCAGUUGGAUACAUCUAUUUAUUAACAAUGUGAACGUGACUAGUCAUCGGGUGUCACAGAUCAGCAAUGAGACUCUAAUGCAUGGGAUUGGAGAAGAUUCUGAACAAAAGGGAGUUGUAACUUUCCCUUUGCGAUCGAUUGCGCACAUUGAGGAAAGGCGAUUUGAACUUCGUGAUCUCGCUCUGGAAUUAUUCUUUAAUCGGAUGUGCAAUGUUCCACCUGAUCGGGAUCACUUUCUGCAAACUUUGGUUGGAGCCUGCAGUGCACUUCUACCGCAUUAUACCUCUCCAUGGUGGCGAGUAGGCAGCUUUGGGAUUGAAAGCGGUCGUCGGUAUCCAUCACAACGUCUUCGAGAUGCUUGUGCUGGCAUUCUUGGUCCCUUUUCAACACCCUACGUUGGUCAAGCUACUCGUGAACGUCUUCUCGACGCUCAAGUUGCCUGGCUCCGAGGUCAAAUGUCAAAUUUUGAUUAUCUUAUGGCGCUUAAUUCCGCCGCAGGGAGGACAUACAAUGAUAUUACACAGUAUCCCAUUUUCCCAUGGGUUAUAGCUGACUACAAGAGUGAGAUUUUAGAUUUGAGAAAAAGUCGGGACACAUAUCGUCAAUUGGACAGACCUAUAUCAGUGCAAUCAGAAGCUGUAGCAGCUGCUGUUAUUGAGAAUUAUGAGGAUCUGAAGGCACAGCAAGCGGAAAGUUGUUUCGAGUACAGCUUUGACGAGGAACAACGGUCCAUUCUCUGUCCUGUCUAUCAUUAUUCAUCUUUCUGCUCUAAUGAGGCCAUCAUUCUUCAUCUUCUAUUCCGCCUCAUACCAUUUGCAUUCCGGCUUAUUCAAUUUCAAGAUGGCAAUUUUGAAAAUCCCAACCGUCUUUUCCACUCUAUGGCCGUCGAAUGGGCAAUGGCAACAGAUUCGGCGAAGCAUGUUAAGGAGUUGAUUCCUGAGUUCUUCUUUCGAUCUGACCUCUUCACCAACCAUGAAAACUUUGAAUUAGGCACUCGUCAUGAUGGCAUACUGGUUGAUGGAGUUGAGCUACCUCCUUGGUCCAAGGGAGAUCCACGACUCUUCGUCCUGAUCAAUAGAGCUGUCUUAGAAAGCCCCUACGUUACAGCUCAUCUACCGGAGUGGAUAGAUCUCGUCUUUGGCUAUAAGCAAACCGGUAGAGCUGGUGAACGUGCUCUUAAUCUCUAUCAUCCGUUUACCUAUUUCGGUGCGAUUGACGUUGACAGGAUUGAAGAUCCAGUUCGACGCAAUGCAGUACAGUCAAUGAUUCGCAACUACGGUCAAGUUCCUCGCCAGCUAUUUCCAACACAUCCUCACCCACGAAGAGCAUAUCCAAGAACUCUUAUGGCGACAGGUGGAAGUGCUCUUCACGUGCCCGUUGGUUCACAAAUCUCUGGUAUUUCACGUUUUGUCCACCAAGUGAUUUCAGGCUUUAGACGGGAGAAGGAAGAUGAGGAGGAGGAGGAGGGAAAAAUGUUGAAUUUUCCUCAUUCAAAAUUUGAUCCGAAAAUCGCUUCUGUGAGGUCCCUAUCUGUGGAUGAAUGGGAGCUGGAAAGCCGAUCUGAAGUUGGAGUUGCUACAUCUGUUCUUCCCCUUACUGCCGGAACUCCCCUUGACACUGUUAGGGGUCUAAGGUGGGGUGAUUGGGCUGGAAAUCCUCGCUCUCCGCUCGGCAUCAGUUGGUACACGAAUCUAGAAGGUGGUUCGAGAUCGUACUGUCUGCGUGGUGACUUAUAUUCGUUUUGGACAGUUCUCGUGUCCGAAACCUCGAAUUACCUAUUUCUACUCCAAAACCCACAUUACCCUGUUCUUCUUGUCAAAAUCAGCCUUCAACCCCAUGUGAUCACCAUUAAAACUAGACAACUUCUAGCUGGGCUUGAAUCGCAUGAUGAUGAUGGGGAAGAGGUAAUUCAGAAUCAAUCACAUUCCCACAAUGAUCUUUCAUAUUCAAUUAACUAUAUACAGACGCCUGUGACUCAGCGGUUGAGGAGGCCAAAUCUUCCAUCCUUGACUGUAUCAAAUAGUUGGCGAUGUUUGAUUGGGCACAUUGGAUCCUCAAUCAGUUGCCUUAGCGCCUGUCCUCCGUAUGGUUUGAUGGCUAGUGGUGAUGAUGAGGGCCGUGUAAUUGUCUGGGAUUUGGUAUCCAUGUCUUACAUUACUCUCCUCGAUACAAAUGACAGUUGUGUCCUCUUUUGGGGAGUAUGCGGCCUUGCUUUCGAUCAGAAAUUAGGAGAUCUUAUUGUUGCUCGAUCAGGACCAAAUGGACCUUUCGGCUAUUGUGAUACUCGAGCAAAUUGGCCAAUUAUCUUCUCGCCUACUCGUGGUAAUCAUGUGGGGUGUAUCCUCAUUGGUGGUCCCAAUGGUUGUUUAGUAUGGCUUAACAGUUGGACUCUUGAUACAAUCUCAAUUAUGCAGCUGGAACAACCCUCCCCUUGUUCUAUAGUUGCCUUGUCCUUCGCUCCGCCUUCUUCUAGGCCCAUGGUUCAUAAAAUGGGCGAUAAUGAAUCGUUUGCCCACUCCACACUUUAUGUGAUCGAUUCAGAAGGUUGGAUGUACUUCCUGGAACCCGGUGUCAAGUUGCCAUCACAGCGACUAAGGAUUCAAUCUAACUUCCUACAUCAGGAUAGCCAUACCCUUUACCUUCCUGGUUUAUGGCUAUAG